AUUGACUCCAAUCAAAUCUUUGAUGUGCCCGAGGCGAUCACGUACAUCAAGCAGCUAGCCCACCAUCGGCCGUGGUUCAUUGAGGAGCCGACCGCGCCGACGGAUGUGCUCGGACACGCGGCUAUCCGGCGCGGCCUGGCGCCGUUGGGCGUCGGCGUGGCGACGGGAGAGCACUGCCCGAACCGGAUGCUGUUCAAGCAGCUGUUGCAGGCCGAUGCCGUAGACGUCGUGCAGAUCGACAGCUGCCGCCUUGCUGGCGUCAACGAGGUGCUCGCGGUGAUGCUCUUGGCCAAGAAGUUCGGUAAGAUCGUCUGCCCUCAUGCAGGCGGCGUCGGACUGUGCGAGUAUGUGCAACACCUCAGCAUGAUUGAUUACGUCUGCAUUUCUGCCAGCCACGAGCGCAACGUGCUCGAGUUCGUCGACCACUUGCAUGAGCACUUUCUGUACCCGUGCAGGAUCAAUGAGCAAGGUAGGUACGUUGCGCCCAACAACCCCAUGGAAGGCUACAGCAUGGAGAUGAGCCAGAGCUCUAUAGCGGAUUACACUUUCCCCAAUGGCGCGUAUUGGGCAACCGGAAAGGCGAAAACAGCGCCGCCGCAAGGACAUUGA